AUGUAUAGUUUAUUCAUAGUGAUAGCAGUUUUUGCGUUAACGCUUUGGGGUCAUGUUGCGUUAUCUUCUCCGCACCAAACAUCGUUGUUUUUAUUAGAUAAAGUUGAAAAAGAUGUUCGACAGAUAGAGGAAACGUUGAAGGAAGAUCAAUCAAAUUGGCCUCACACAACUAAAAAAACUCAUUUACCUGUAAUAUUUGGGCGCACUGUUGACAGCCAGCUACAAUUAUUAAUAGACUAUGUUCUGAGAGACUUUGUGGCCCGUUGGCUCAAAGAGUUGUCCCAUAAGCCUGAACCAGUGAUUGAUAAGUUCAAGGAGCAUGUGUGGGGGGGUGUGCAGAACUUGUAUGAGAGACUGUUGCGAGUUGAUGCUGAAAAGUUACUAGCCAGUGACAUGGUCACUAAGAUAACACAACAUUUUGAAAGAAUAAGGAUUGCUAGGAGUUGUGCAAUAGAACUAAAUCAACCACCAGUGUUUGCCCUGGCUCCUCACUUGAUGUCUUAUGACACAGAGCUGCAUUACUUGAGACAGAUCAGUGAGCUCAUCAUCAUGUUCCUGAUGCCUCGGUGCUAUUCACUGGCUCCUGCAUCCCAUCUCAUGAGGGAAAUACUGGCAUGUAAAGUACUACAACCAGCAAUAGAUUUAGUGACAGAACCGGACUACAUAAAUCAAAAGAUUAUACAGUAUCUUGAGGCCCAAAAAGAAGUAGAUGCGAUGCACGUGAGAACACACGAGUAUGCCAAAACGUUCGAGGACUACAUACGGCUGAUCAACAGCUGUAAUAAUGUCGACACACUGAAACGGUUACGAUACGACAUAGUCACACAAAUAAUGCAAGCGACGACUCUACAGAAUGUAAAACGGGCUAAGGGCGUCGAUAUAGAAGUUAUAGAAAAGAGUGGUUCUCAGAAUGUUAGUAGACAACAAAUAGCUGAUGCUAAGAAACUGAAGCGGUAUAUUAAUCAGCUGACUAUUGCGAAGGCGGAGUGUGAAACGGCUCUAAGGAAACUUGGUUGGGAUGGAGCGUUUCCUACUGUGGAGUCUGAUAGCAAGACAUUACCUCUACACAAAAUAAUGGAGAGUGUAACAGGCAGGCGGUAUCUAUCAAUGUUCCUAGAGACCAUGUGCUCUCAGGGUCUGGUCGGUUUCUGGAUGGCCGUCGAAGAGUUGAGGCACAGCCCUAGAAGUAGCUGGCACCAGCUCGGCGCCGAAAUAUUUUACACCUACAUUAGGUCGCCUAGCGCUGAGAUUAAAGUUGAUAAGGAUACCAGAAAGAGAAUGGAAGCCUUCUUACUAGGGGAUAAAGGUCCAGAAGUGUUCUAUGAAGUCCAAGACACAGUUGUAGACACAAUACAGGAGAAGUACUACCAUUCUUUCCUUCUAAGCGAUCAUUAUACCGCGUUGAUAGCAGAACUCGCUACCGAGGAAGCAAAUAAAGGGAAGGACAUAACAUCAGACAGAUCGCCAAUAGAAGACAGACAGUUGUCGAACGAAUCGGUAUCGUCAGCGGAGAGCGUGGCGGGCACUAUUCACCUCACUGAACAUUCCACGUACGCCAGGCGGAAACUAGACGAGCUGCAGGAACGACAUAAUAAUAAAAUACAAGCAUUAGCAGCUCUUCGCGCAUCAUUGAAACCCGAAUCUCCUGCGCUAGCUAUGUUGGCGAAUGAAGUAGAGAAGUUGGCAGGGGAACAGAUGAGGUUGGAAGCCCAUCUAGCCAGGACUGACACCUGGGCUGAACAUCUUGGUCGGUGGCGGGCUUCUGUCCAUAGCGCUGAGAUUAUAGAUGAGUCCAAACCACCACAGUUUGUGAUAGUGGUACAUAUGGCGGAACAAGAGUCCAUGACAGAUGAAGAGAGACCGGAACAAAUUACCACUGGAUGGGUACUGCUUAGGACUUUAAACGAAUUUCAGAGACCGUCCCCGACGGGGGGCGCGAGGUCGCGCGAACCAGGCCGAUGCCUGUCCGAGCGGUAUCUGUUCGCUGCCUGCGACUGCAGGCGAGGGGUUGGAGUGGUCGGGCCACUAUCGGGGCUCGAUGAACUACAUCGAAAGUUACGGCCUAUGUGUGCGGAGUUGAAGAAUUUAGAACUACCAACGAAUUCAUUCAAGUUUCUAUUCGGAAAGAACGAUAGGAACUCCUUAGAGAAAGCUAAGAUUUUAAUACAGAAAUAUUUAGAAUUUGUUUUAGAAGACGAUAGACUAAACCAAAGCGAAGCUUUAUACACAUUCCUCAACCCAAGCUCUGAGUAUCUGAAGCAGGGUGACUUACCAAAGAAGAAUAAGUUCUCUUUUUCUACGUUGUUUAAGAGUACAAGCAGUGAAGCGACAAACAGGUCCUCACAGGAGAAGGAGCAGUUCACACAUCUAUCUGCUGAUGAAGACGAGAUCUCGCUCUACUUGGACGGGAACGGAUCUGAUAACAAUAGCAAGAGUAUGACUAGUUCAUUGCGUGGAGCAGGCGCCAUAGCAGAAGAAAGAGAUAGUAUAGCGGAGCCGUUGUACGCGUUACUGAGCGAAGUGUUCGACAUGCGCGGCGUGUUCCGCUGGCUCAGGAAGACUCUCGUCACAUUCGUACAGAUCACGUACGGCAGGACUAUUAACAGGCAAAUCAAAGAGACAGUGACGUGGUUGUUCUCUGAACAAAUGCUGCACUACUACAUCAGUGUAGUUCUCAAGUCGUGGUGGCCGGGCGGCACCCUGUCCGAGAAUACGUCCAAUAGAAACUUCCAAGAUAAAGGCCGCCGCGCGGGGCGCGCACAAACUGUACUACACGCUGCAGGACACCACGCACAACAAGCAGCUGUUCUAUGUGAGUAUAUGAGUGAGAGCGUGGUGGAGGCGCUGGCGUCGCUGGUGGGCGCGCAGGCCGCCGCGCGGGGCGCACAAACUGUACUACACGCUGCAGGACACCACGCACAACAAGCAGCUGUUCUAUGUGAGUAUAUGAGUGAGAGCGUGGUGGAGGCGCUGGCGUCGCUGGUGGGCGCGCAGGCCGCCGCGCGGGGCGCGCACAAACUGUACUACACGCUGCAGGACACCACGCACAACAAGCAGCUGUUCUAUGUGAGCCGCCGCGCGGGGCGCGCACAAACUGUACUACACGCUGCAGGACACCACGCACAACAAGCAGCUGUUCUAUGUGAGUAUAUGAGUGAGAGCGUGGUGGAGGCGCUGGCGUCGCUGGUGGGCGCGCAGGCCGCCGCGCGGGGCGCGCACAAACUGUACUACACGCUGCAGGACACCACGCACAACAAGCAGCUGUUCUAUGUGAGCCGCCGCGCGGGGCGCGCACAAACUGUACUACACGCUGCAGGACACCACGCACAACAAGCAGCUGUUCUAUGUGAGUAUAUGAGUGAGAGCGUGGUGGAGGCGCUGGCGUCGCUGGUGGGCGCGCAGGCCGCCGCGCGGGGCGCGCACAAACUGUACUACACGCUGCAGGACACCACGCACAACAAGCAGCUGUUCUAUGUGAGCCGCCGCGCGGGGCGCGCACAAACUGUACUACACGCUGCAGGACACCACGCACAACAAGCAGCUGUUCUAUGUGAGUAUAUGAGUGAGAGCGUGGUGGAGGCGCUGGCGUCGCUGGUGGGCGCGCAGGCCGCCGCGCGGGGCGCGCACAAACUGCGCUGGCGUCGCUGGUGGGCGCGCAGGCCGCCGCGCGGGGCGCGCACAAACUGUACUACACCGCUGCAGGACACACGCACAACAAGCACUGCAGUUCUAUGUGAGUAUAUGAGUGAGAGCGUGGUGGAGGCGCUGGCGUCGCUGGUGGGCGCGCAGGCCGCCGCGCGGGGCGCGCACAAACUGUACUACACGCUGCAGGACACCACGCACAACAAGCAGCUGUUCUAUGUGAGUGUACCGUACCAUUCUUGGGGCCUUAUUUUAUUGCCUCAUCUUUCAACUUCCUACAAUUUCGCCAACCGUACCGUUACCGUAAUAAUUAGAGGCUCCUAG